AUGGUCCCGAGCGUGCGGCCGGAUCCGGGCCCCGCGCCGGACACCCCCGGGGGCGGAAAGAGGGGGACGGGCGGCGGCCGCGGAGCAGGCGUGGGCAGAACUUCGUCCGGGGGUGGGGCGCGAGGGCUGAGGCUGGGGGCUGCCAAUCGCGCGCGCCCGGGCCCCAGUGCAGCUGGCGCGCCCGGGGCGCAUUGGCUGGCGCGCCGCGGCGCUGGGGAGAGCGCGCCGCUUUGGGCACUAGGGGUGGCCAGAGGGGUCAGCUGGCCGCCCGUCGGAGCUCGGCAGCGUGGGCUCCGGCAGCCUUGCGGAGGACCUGGGAUCUCCACCGGGAUCUAUUGUUCGGCUGAUCGAUCACCUUCAGCAUCCGCCCUUAAACCCACCCCUUCCUCCGAACUCUCUGAGGCUGGGGAAGUGUUGGUUCAAAGGAUCGCCCACCAGGUGGAAGAAGGUGCGGGACGUAGCUUCUCUGGUCGCAGGGUACUCUUGUGUUUACUGACUUCUUCCCUGAACCUUCCCCCCGGUGCUAGUGGGGAUACUAUGAGAACACUCUCCGACAUUGUGGGGAGCCCUUCACGCCUCCUAGAGCAAUCCUGUGAAAGACGCAUUAGCUUUUCAAGGGAAGCAUUUUUAAGAAUUUCAAGGAAAUCCAGGCCCAAUGUCACCCAGCUGACAGAGUGGAGCAGCUUCAAAUACAGUUUUGUCUCAAACCUAGAGAGAAGAGCCAUCGCUUCAGUAAAUGAAUGUCACGUAGAACAAAGGGUUGCUGAGUGCUUGCUUUGCCCUGGUGUUGAUGGCCAAAGUAAAUGAAGACAUGGUCUCUGAGCAUUAGAGCA